CCGACCAUCUUUAGAAGUCGACCAGCCUGCUUUAUUACAAACAAUUAUAGAUAUUGCAGCACCUUUUGCUGGUGCUGAUGAUCGUCGACGAAGUGAUACAUUACGUAGUGCUAAAACACUUGAUGAUCUAUGUGAAGAAUUAGAUAAAUAUGGCUUAUACCUUUCUCGAUCUGCUGCUUAUUUAAGACUAUUACCAAAGCGAUCAAAUACUGCUGAAGGGAAAAGACAUGUAAAUACAGUUCCUGUGAAACUUGUACGUGCACAAAGCACUGGAAGAAAACAACAUGUCGACAAUCAUUUUGCUACUGCUACAAUAAAUUAUUUAAAAGAUUUGGCUAAUUUAUUUGGAUCAUCAUCAACUUUAGUUAUUUCUCAAGAUGAUAAAGCACGAGUACCAUUGGGUCUUCCUGCUGCUAAGUCACAAGCACCAAUUCUGAUGCAUUUAGAAUAUCGUAUUCAAUUACCUGAUCAUGACUAA